AUCUCCUUUGUAGGGUUCCUCUCAGUCUUUGUCUCUCUCCUCUCUUUGUCUCUCUUUCUUCUGUUUUCUCUUUGAUCCAAAUCCCAACCCCUUUUUUUCCUUUUCCUUUUUCCAUGUGCUCAAUUCUCAGCACAGAUCUUCUUCCUUCGUUCUACCGUUCUCGCUGAAACACUCACAAAACAAAACAUAAAAAGGGGGGGUUUUGGGUUUGAACCCUUUUCACAUUGGGUUCUCUUUUUUCUCUCUAAAUCUCCGAUCUUUCGCGGGUUUCUCUUUCUGGGGUUUCCUCUUCCUUCGUUUUUAUGGUGGAUAUGGAUGGGUUUGGAGCUGGGGGUGGCGUUGAUGGAGCUCCCAACACACAGAAUCUCAGAGAAUUGGGAAAUGCUCCCUCAGGGGGUGCAGUUUUUGAUGCAUCACAAUAUGCGUUCUUCGGUAAAGAUGUUGUCCAGGAAGUUGAGUUGGGAGGGUUAGAAGAGGAUGACAUUGUGCCUCCUGUUGAGUCUAAUGAGGAGGAGUUCUUUUUCAAUAGAGAAAGAGAAGAGGCUGAGGAUGUAAGAUCUCUUUCUGAUAUUGAUGAUCUUACUACCACUUUUUUGAAGUUGAACAAGUCUGUGAGUGGACCAAGAAGUGCAGGUGUGAUUGGUGAACGAGGAUCAAGAGAAAAUUCUAUUUCUGAAUGGUCACACAGGGAAGAUAGUCUUAACUGGUUUGAUCAGAAUGCUUAUGAUAGUGAAGGUUCUAUGGAUGGCAAAAGAUGGUCAUCACAGCCCCAUUCUUCCCUAGCUCAUUUACAUGAUUCAAAGCCCUUGUACAGAACAUCCUCAUACCCCGAGCAGCAAAGGCAGGAGCAACACUACCACCUCCAACAUUGCUCUAGUGAACCAGUUCCUAACUGGCUUGAUCAGCAAUUUUAUGAAACAGAAACUGCUCAUGAUCAAGAUGGCAAACGAUGGUCAUCACAGCCACAUUCCUCCAUUGCACAUUUACAAGAGUCAAAACCCUUGUACAGAACAUCUUCAUAUCCUGACAAACAACAGGAGCUUACUCGUUUUUCUAGUGAACCAAUUUUGGUACCAAAAUCUUCAUUUACUUCUUAUCCUCCCCCUGGUGGUCUAUCUCAGCUGGGUUCCCCAAGUCAUAGUACAGGGCACUUAAACAUGCCUUAUCAUACUGGAGCAACUCAGAUAGCACUAUCAUCUCAAAAUCGUUCUCAUUUCUCCAAUUCUGCACUACAGUCAAGUGCAUUAAACCUUGGGUCACAUUUUGGUGGUAACACUCGGCAAUUUCCUACCAGUUCCUCACUUAAUCAGCGACUAAAGAAUCAAUUGGUGAACCAGGCAGGGUUGUAUCCUGGAGAUCAUUCAAAUCUCCUUAGUAAUAUGUUGCAGCAACAAUUACACCUUCAUAAUGGAUCAGUAUCUCCUCAUUUGAUGACUCAAUUGCAACAACAGCAGCAUAGACUGCAUCAUCCUGUUCAGCGAUCUGCAGGCUACUUAUCAGGCUUCCAGUCCCAUUUAUUUAAUCCCCACCUUUCCUCUGGCUCAUCUGUAAUGAGCAAAUAUGAACAUGUGCUUGGCCAUGCUGAUGGUAGAGAUCAUAGACCAAAAUCAACUCAUAAAGGUAAACAUAGUCUUCGUUUUUCCCAACAUGGUUCUGAUGCCAGUAGCCAGAAGAGUGACAGUGGUUCAUUUCAGUUUCGGUCCAAGUAUAUGACAAGUGAUGAAAUUGAGAGCAUUCUUAGAAUGCAACUUGCUGUGACUCAUAGUAAUGAUCCUUAUGUAGACGACUAUUACCACCAAGCUUGCCUAGCAAAAAAACCUUCUGCGGCUAAGUUAAAACAUCCAUUUUGCCCAACCCAAAUAAGGGAUCUUCCUUCACGAACCCGUUCUAAUUCUGAGCCACUUGCAUUUCUUCAGGUUGAUGCUCUAGGGAGGGUUUCAUUUUCGUCUAUUCGUUGUCCUCGCCCUCUUCUUGAGGUGGAUCCUCCAAACACCUCUGUUGGCUCUGAUCAAAAGAUUUCAGAGAAGCCCCUUGAACAGGAACCUAGGUUUGCUGCCAGAGUCACAAUUGAGGAUGGUCUUUGUCUUCUUCUUGAUGUUGAAGAUAUUGAUCGUUACCUACAGUUUAAUCAGCCACAAGAUGGGGGAUCACAAUUACGACGAAGAAGGCAGGUCCUGUUGGAAGGACUAGCAACUUCACUUCAACUUGUUGACCCACUGGGAAAGAAUGGACACAAAGUUGGGCUUGCUGCUAAGGAUGAUCUGGUUUUCUUACGAUUGGUAUCUCUUCCCAAGGGACGUAAGCUCCUUGCAAAGUAUCUUCAGUUGCUUCUCUCUGGUAGCGAGCUUAUGAGGAUAGUCUGCAUGACAGUCUUUCGCCAUUUAAGAUUCUUAUUUGGUGGUCUCCCCUCAGAUCCGGCAGCUUCAGAGACUACAAAUAACCUUGCCAAGGUGGUUUGCAAAUGUGUCAGAGGAAUGGAUCUAGGUGCUCUCAGUGCUUGUCUUGCAGCAGUUGUUUGUUCUGCAGAGCAGCCUCCUCUACGACCCAUUGGAAGCACUUCUGGAGAUGGUGCUUCCCUUAUUUUAAUAUCCGUUCUUGAGAGGGCCACUGAACUUCUAACUGAUCCACAUGCUUCUUGCAACUACAACAUUAGUAAUCGUUCAUUUUGGCAGGCUUCAUUUGAUGAAUUCUUUGGCCUUCUCACCAAGUAUUGCAUGAACAAAUAUCAUAGUAUCAUGCAAUCCAUGCUUAUACAAAGUACCUCGAAUGUGGAUGAUGUGGGACCAGAUGCUGCCAAAGCUAUCAGUAGAGAAAUGCCUGUUGAACUCUUGCGCGCCAGCCUCCCUCACACUGACGACCGCCAGAGGAAGUUAUUACUGGAUUUCGCACAGCGCUCCGUGCCUGUGGUUGGGUUUAACAGCAACACGGGGGGUAAUGGUGGUCAUGUGAACUCAGAAACAGUGCUAAGUUGAUUGAUAACUAAACUAUGAGAUGUUUGCCUGCUGAUAAUGGUUUUCAGGUUGAUGACCGUAAGCACAACCUUGCAAUCAUCUGUUUCUUCUGUUCAAGUGCAGCUGGAGCAAUCUUAAAUGUGGAAAGUGAGAGUUGCAUCUAUGAUGGAGGCUUCUGCCUCACCCUUAAUUGUCAUGAUGUGUAGCUUUGUGAUAAAUUUGCUAUGCAAUCAGGCCCUUUGAUGAUGGACUCGGCUUGAUUCGUUCCUCUUGUCUUUUCUUUUUCUCUUGACAGGGGAGCUUAUAUAAUUGUUACUAUGUGUGGCUGGUAGGGACACAGUAGUUAGCAUGUACAGGUUUAGGUACAUAUUUGGAUCCCAUGUUUGCUUAUUAUAUAUACAAGGGUGGGUUGUACUCACAGAACCAUUCUACUGAAAAACGGUAUGGGCCAUUGAGGGGAGGGUGACCAGCUGGCAUGCUGAAAUUCCAAGCAACACUGGUGAAGAAUAAGUCAUGUUGAACUUGCUGCAUAAUUUAUCUUUUCACUUGAGUUGUCAAUUUGUAGAUAUGUGUUCUUAUGUAUUCCCUAACUUGAAAAAUAUUUAGUUUUCUUUUCUUUAUUGUUUCUC